AUGAGUAAGAUCAUCUUUUACGAGGACAGGAACUUCCAGGGGCGCUCCUAUGAGUGCAACACCGACUGCCCCGACAUGCACCCCCACUUCAGCCGCUGCAACUCCAUCAGGGUGGAGAGCGGCUGCUGGGUCCUGUACGAGCGCCCCAACUACAUGGGGUACCAGUACGUGCUGACCCGGGGCGAGUACCCCGAGUACCAGCGCUGGAUGGGCUUCAACGACUCCAUCCGUUCCUGCCGUACCUUCUCCUAUACCAGCAGCGGACCCUAUCGCGUGCGCAUCUAUGACCGGCCCGACUUCCAGGGCCAGAUGAUGGAGUUCACUGACGACUGCGAGUCCGUCCAGGACCGCUUCCGCAGCCGGGACAUCUACUCCUGCAACGUGAUGGACGGCUACUGGACCUUCUACGAGCACCCCAGCUACAGGGGCCGCCAGUACUUCAUGAGGCCCGGCGAGUACAGGAAGUUCACCGACUGGGGUGCCACUUGUGCCACCACUGGCUCCUUCCGCAGGAUCACCGAUUUUUAA